GAGUGAUUUUACAAUCGUCCGUUUAGUGCAUGCCCAAAAUCAUCUCAACUAUUCUUUACGAUUUUUUCGGUACUCACAAGUUGUUCAAAUCUACUCAUAGUGGUUAUUCAGGACUUCACACUAAAGGCUUCUCCGGCGCAAUAUUUAGACAAGAUGGACAUUUCAAAGCUCACGCCAGAAAUGCUACAAAGGAUGCCGGCGAUGAAGCCGCCUCCUGGACGGUUCACUGACUUCGCGGACCCUGCACACGACGGCUCAAAUGCGCACCAGACUGUAAUUGUCAUAGGUUUCUUGACAGCUUUGACAGUCUCGGUACUACUUCUGCGUCUGUAUUCGAAGCUUGUACUUAUAAAAGCACACGGAUGGGAUGACUGUGAGUGUUCAACAUUGAAUGGUGGACGGACUAACUCAUUAUCUAGAUCUCGCUGUCGGAGCUACUAUAGGAGCAAUUGCAUAUGGAUCAUUGGCUAUCUAUGUUUUCGAGCAUGGAUUUGGUGUGCAUCAAUGGAAUGUUAGAGCAGCAACUCUUAUAGAGCUCACGGAUGUAUGAUUCGCAUGACGAAGUACUCGUACAAGCAACUGAUAUUUAUUCUAGUACCUGAAUGCAAUCCUCUACAUAUACAAGCCGUUCAUGCUGAUGGCCAAGCUCUCACUUUGUGUAUUCUUCUUCAACAUCUUCAAGAGCACCCCAAAAUUCCGCUGGGCUAUCUACUUUGCCGUAUUCUACAACGUUACUUUGCAGGUCACGGCAUUUUUCAGCUCCAUAUUCCUCUGUAUUCCUGGUCGCCCUCAAUUUUGGCAAUGUUCUCACAGAGUCUCGGUCCUGAACAUAGUAACUAGUGGUUUCAAUAUCUUUAGUGACUUUUACCUACUAUUCCUUCCCCUAUUCGCUUUAUCACAACUACAAAUGCGUCCAGCCAGAAAGUUAGCUAUUUUACUUGUCUUUGCCGUCGGUCUUCUGUGAGUAGAAGAACUAUUCAAUCUCAGUAACUUGCUGAUGCCUGCACAGUGCAUGUAUUGCCAGCAUCCUUGGCUUGAUUUAUCGCCUUAGACAAGACGCCAGUGCCGACGUGAGCUGGAAUUUUGCACCAGAAAUCAUUCUAGUCACCUUUGAACUCGAAGCAACGAUAAUGGUUGGUUGCUUCCUUGUCAUGCCGGCGCUAUUCAGAUCAAAACACCGACUCAGUCUGUCUUCGCUCUGGUCCAACCGGUCGUUCCUUCUGCGUAGCUCGCAGAAUUCGACCACGGCGUUCUCUCGUGUCAAUAAGAAAACCUCAGCUGAAGGCAUGAACAUGGAAAAGAUUGCACCUAAAGUCUCAGGCUUAUCAAAUCAAAGUGGCGAUAGUCUCAUGCCGGAAGGCUCACGACGGUCUCCAAACUUUUGAAACUUCUACCAUAUGCAUAUUACUAUAGUCGGCAAUUGGAGCGGCUCAAGUUGCACAGACGUUACGAUGAGAGAGUUGAAACUCUGAGACAAUGAUAUAUACAGCUGGAACAUUUGGAUGCAUAAAGCCUUAGUACAACGACACCAUUUCUCGUGCGAGAUAUAUUUUAUUGGCCUCUGAUUAAUGGAAAUCUAUAAAAAUAUUGAAUGAGUAUCUUGAUGUUGAAAAAGGGAAAUGAAAUUGAUUGUAAAUUGAAAUUGGAUGGAAAAAGACCACAGUGCAGGAAUAACGAUGAUAGUAUAAUAAAAUUCUGGCUUCUCACUUUGUGAUACCUGAUAAUCAAAGGUGUUGCAUGGACCAGCAAGCUAUAUAUUAUCUACCAGAGAU